UAACGCGCUAAGAACAAAAUUGAGCGCCAACUGGGCACAUUGCUGGGCAGCAGCGGUUAAAAUAUUAAUCAGAAAAAAGUCGACUAAAACGCUGUGACGGUCAAUCGCUUGGGGCUGAAUCUGCAUUCUAAGCCAAGAUGUGCGCGCGUAUCAACGACAACACAAACGCCCAGUCCUCAUAGUGAAUUGGCAAUUGCAUUUUUUGAUUACCAACCGCCACACACUUACACCACACUCACCCACACAUCGCCACUGUCACACGCGUAGUGAAAAAUUGCAAUAAAAAAAAAAAAAAAAGGCGUCUACAAGGAAAUAGCCGUGUGGGAAAAUCGAUAGAUUUUCAGCCGCCGUUUAAAUUGUGUUGGUUCCCAGCAUAUUAAUUCAUUGUGCUUUCAAACGAUCUGUCGGUUUAAGUUGAUAUAUUCUCAUAAUAUAUAUAUAAUUUUUUUUUUUUUUGCUGGUGCAAAGUACGCUCUCCGAAAUUGGCAAGAGCGGUCGGUCAACCGGUGAAGAGAGGUGAAAAAAAAAAGAAAACGAAAAAAAAAGUGUAAAAACGGGGGGGAGCCGAUAUGAGGAAAAAUUAGCAAAGCACUACAUUUAUAUAUGUAUAUUUGAUACAAAUAUCGCAAAUAUUAAUGAACCUGCUACUGCGGCGGCGGCUACGGCUACGGCGGCACCACAAACAACAAAAACAAAACAAACAGCAUUGACAAAAAUUUCUAAUACGAAAAAAUACAAAAAUAAACCAAACAAAUCGGCGCCGCUGGCAACAAGAAGAGUGAGUGAGUGAGCGAGUGGCCUGGCCUGGCCCAAAGGAACCCCCAGAAGAGAGAAGAGAGCGAGUCUUAACACGCGGGAGAGAGCGGCUAAGAGAGGAGCGGCAAGAGAGAAGAAGCGCAUCUUGAGCGCGCGUCAUCGAUAUAUAUCUUCUUCUAUAUCUUCAAUUGUUUACGGCGGCAGCAGCGACAGAGGCAGAGGCAGCGCCAGCGGCACACCCAACACGCCCAAAAGGGAAUAGGGAAAACAGAGAGAAGCCCCCAAAAAGGAAAAACAGGCAACUUCCUUCCUUCUCUAAUCGUACUUCCCCACUCCGGCUGGCAUGGAGAGCAUGAAAUGUCUGACCCGGAAUCAGAGCUGAGAGUCUCAAAUGCCAGCGAAGACCAGCGGGAGCAGCAGCCGUAUCCUAGUCCAGCAUCAUCGAGGAGUAGGAGCCCAGGAAGAUAGCUCUAAAUUGUUUUUUUUUUAUAGAUAAAAAAAAAACCGAAAUACCAGGGCCCAGUUAUCAAGAAAGUGACUGGGUCAACUUCCGCUCAAAAAAUAAUAAUAAAAAAUAAAUAAGAAACUGACUCACCAAAAACGAACGAUCGAACGAACGAACAAAGAUCCCGCACACUAUCCAAGUUCUACUUAAGCGAGAAACUAAAAUCUUAAUUCUUACAUCUUAAAUCUUAAUUAAUUAAAAUCGCAAUCAGGAUGAACUCCACCACAAAGCAUCUGCUGCACUGCACACUGCUCAUCACUGUGAUAGUUACCUUCGAAGUAUUCUCCGGCGGUAUUAAGAUCGACGAGAACUCGUUCACGAUCGUCGAUCCAUGGACUGAAUACGGCCAGGUGGCCACGGUUCUGCUGUACUUACUCCGCUUUCUCACCCUCCUCACCCUGCCCCAGGUUCUCUUUAAUUUCUGCGGCCUGGUCUUCUACAAUGCCUUCCCCGAGAAGGUCGUCCUCAAGGGUAGCCCUCUCCUAGCGCCCUUUAUCUGCAUCCGUGUCGUCACUCGGGGCGAUUUUCCCGAUCUGGUCAAGACGAAUGUCCUGCGGAAUAUGAACACAUGUCUGGACACCGGCUUGGAGAACUUUCUCAUCGAAGUGGUGACCGAUAAGGCGGUACACUUGGCCCAGCAUCGUCGCAUCCGAGAGAUCGUUGUGCCCAAGGAGUACAAGACACGUACGGGCGCCCUCUUCAAGUCCCGGGCUUUGCAAUACUGUCUCGAGGAUAAUGUGAAUGUCCUGAACGACAACGAUUGGAUUGUUCAUUUGGACGAGGAGACACUGCUCACCGAGAACUCUGUGAGGGGCAUCAUCAACUUUGUCCUGGACGGGAAGCAUCCGUUCGGUCAGGGACUGAUCACGUACGCCAACGAGAAUGUGGUCAACUGGCUGACCACCCUGGCGGACAGCUUCCGGGUAUCCGACGACAUGGGCAAGCUCCGGCUGCAGUUCAAGCUCUUCCACAAGCCGCUCUUCAGCUGGAAGGGCAGCUACGUGGUCACCCAGGUGGCAGCUGAACGUUCGGUGUCCUUUGACAAUGGUAUCGAUGGAUCUGUGGCCGAGGACUGCUUCUUUGCGAUGCGCGCCUUCAGCCAGGGCUACACCUUCAACUUUAUCGAUGGGGAGAUGUACGAGAAGUCGCCGUUCACCAUGCUGGACUUCCUGCAGCAGAGAAAGCGCUGGCUCCAGGGCAUCCUCCUGGUCGUCCACUCCAAGAUGAUACCCUUCAAGCACAAGCUACUGCUCGGCAUCAGCGUCUACUCGUGGGUGACCAUGCCCUUCUCCACAUCGAACAUUAUAUUCGCCGCCGUCUAUCCCAUACCGUGUCCCAAUCUGGUUGAUUUUGUGUGCGCCUUUAUAGCGGCCAUUAACAUCUAUAUGUAUGUGUUUGGGGUGAUCAAGUCGUUUUCGUUAUAUCGAUUUGGAUUAUUCCGAUUCCUGGCCUGUGUGCUGGGGGCGGUGUGUACGAUACCCGUGAACGUGGUGAUCGAGAAUGUGGCGGUGAUUUGGGGUCUGGUGGGCAAGAAGCACAAGUUCUAUGUCGUGCAGAAGGAUGUGAGGGUCCUGGAGACGGUCUAGACUGUCUGGUCUACUGUCCAGGAGUGGAGAGCAUCAAGUCAUCAAUAAAAAGCCAUCGUAGCAUCCUCAGCAAAACCAAAAAAUCCAAAAACAAACAAACAAAAAUGCAAAUAUCGCACAAUUUCUGGCAAGGUUCAGUGUUGUCCUGUCACUAUUCUGAUUUAUUUUAUUUGUACAUUUUUUUUCUAAUAAUAAGAGCCCACUCAAACACACCACAAAUGCACACACACGCACCAUACCACACACACCCAUAUCCCAUAUGAUAUUGUUGUUUCAUCCAUUUCAUUCUAAAAUAAUUGCCAAAAAAAAAAAACGAAAAACUAAGAAUUAUAAAUUAAAUUCAAAAAAUUAAGAACAAAUAUUUUAGACAAGAUCUAUGAAAGAAAUGCACACACCACACACACACACACGCACAUACACUCAAAAAAAAAUACGAAAAAAACAACAACAAUUAGGGAAAUCACAUACACAGAAAGAAAAAUAAGAAAGAAAAAAUAUUAAAACGAGAAAAACGAAAAGUCUCCAUUAUGUGUAAUUUUCAUUAAAUAUAUAUAUAAUUUUUUUGUAUAGUCUGUAGUGAAAGAAUUGCGCUAUAUAUUUAUAAACAAACAAAAACAAUUAAAAAAUAUAAAUAUUGUAUGUAUAUUGAGUAGAACUAUUAUGUAUUAUUAUUACGAUUAUUUAAACUUUGUACAUUAAUGUAUUGUAAAUUGAUAAUCUGUUAAAACAAAAAAAAACAAACAAACAAACAAAAACAAACAUACACAAACAAAAAAUGAAAAACUAAAAAUUAAAAUUUAAAAAAUUAAUUAUCAUUCACACCAAAAUACACUGCAAGAAACACAAGAUAAAAAGUUAAGCGGAACAUAAUGAGAAAAUUAGAAGAAGAAAAAAAAAGAAUUCUAGACUUUAUGUACUUACAAGCGCAAAAUAUCGAUGUACUUGUACAAAAUAUCAUUCACACAGGUCCUUGAAAAAAAGACUAUCCUUGGUCCUUGAGUCCUUGAGAGGAUCGACUGCGUCCGGGUUGAAAAUAAUUUUUUUUUUGGCCACCGGCGGCUGUCUGGUCCGGCUCCUUCGUUCUUCGACAACUGUGGUGUGAAUGAUAUGAUCGUGAUUAGCGGUAGGAGGUCCUGGCCUUUUUCCGGGCACCCAUCGAAUUUCUUUGUCCUUUUUUUUUUUUUAAAAUAUAUAUUUUUUUUUUAGUUCUGUUCUAAAUGUAUAUUAUUUUUUUGUUUGUUUCUCUUUGUCAUUCUGUUUACUGUUAUUGGUGCUUUAAGAACCUCGCCCAUCCCACGCCCUCAAGAAAUACAAAAAAAAAUAAUAAUAUCCUUCGGUAAAAAACGAAGAACGUGAGUCCUGAGACACCACACACCCCCCUCACCUACACACACAACACAUUAAACUGUUAUGAAAAAAGAACCAAAUACAAAAACAAUAAAAAUAAAAUGUCAAAAAUAUAA